AACUACAGGAAAUUCAAUUAUCCAAAUCACUAUCAUCUUAUCCAAUUAGUCAAGAUAGCAAAGAAACAAAGGAUGAGCCAAACAAUGGAAUAAUCAAUGAAAACAAAGCAAUUACUGAUAAACCUAAGGAUAAUUGGUCAGGAUGGCUUGAUAAGGCAAUUCAGAAGGAAUACAUUAAUUUUUAUGAAUAUGGUAGUAGGUUUAAAAAUAUUCAAAAAAUUGGUUCAGGUAAAUUUGGAAAAGUUUAUAAAGCAACAUUGGAUAAUAACAGUAUUUGUGCCUUGAAAUCCUAUAUAGAUGGUAUAACAAAUAUGAAAGAAAUUACUAAUGAGUUGAAAUUGUUAUAUAAAGUUAAUCAUCAUCAAAAUAUUAUUCAUUUCUAUGGUGUCACUAAGAAUGAAA